GAACAGAAACCAAGUUCCCCGGCAACGAGCAGCAUCCACCCGGCGGCCGGCCGGAGCCAGCGAGACCCGAAAGGCUGCGGAGUGCGCCGGCCGCUCGGUGCCCAGGGCGCCCCCGACUCCUCCUUCUCUUCCUUUUCCUUUGCCGCCCAUCCCCAAGUUCCAACUUCCUUUUUGGCCUUACGCAAAGCCUAGGGAGGGGGUUAGGAGCAGCCGCGCCCCCCCUCCCCGCGGCUGCCGCCCUCUGCUUUUUCGGUUCUGCUCCCUGCGGUGUGCGCCCGGGCUGUGCGCCCCGGCAGGCCCCAGCCAUGUCCAUGCUGCCGUCGUUUGGUUUUACGCAGGAGCAAGUGGCGUGCGUGUGCGAGGUUCUGCAGCAAGGCGGGAACCUGGAACGCCUGGGCAGGUUCUUGUGGUCGCUGCCGGCCUGCGACCACCUGCACAAGAACGAGAGCGUGCUCAAGGCCAAGGCGGUGGUCGCCUUCCACCGUGGCAACUUCCGCGAGCUCUACAAGAUCCUGGAAAGCCACCAGUUCUCGCCUCACAACCACCCCAAACUGCAGCAACUGUGGCUGAAAGCGCACUACGUGGAGGCCGAGAAGCUUCGCGGCCGACCCCUGGGCGCCGUGGGCAAAUAUCGGGUGCGCCGAAAAUUCCCGCUGCCGCGCACCAUCUGGGACGGCGAAGAGACCAGUUACUGUUUCAAGGAGAAGUCGCGGGGCGUGCUGCGGGAGUGGUACGCACACAACCCCUACCCCUCGCCGCGUGAGAAGCGGGAGCUGGCCGAGGCCACUGGCCUCACCACCACCCAGGUCAGCAACUGGUUUAAGAACCGGAGGCAAAGAGACCGAGCCGCCGAGGCCAAGGAAAGGGAGAACACUGAAAACAAUAACUCCUCCUCCAACAAGCAGAAUCAACUCUCUCCUCUGGAAGGGGGCAAGCCACUCAUGUCCAGCUCAGAAGAGGAAUUCUCACCUCCCCAAAGUCCAGACCAGAACUCCGUUCUUCUGCUGCAGGGCAAUAUGGCUCACGCCAGGAGCUCAAACUAUUCUCUCCCAGGCCUAACUGCCUCACAGCCCAGCCAUGGCCUGCAGGCCCACCAGCAUCAGCUCCAGGACUCUCUCCUCGGUCCCCUCACCUCCAGUCUGGUGGACUUGGGUUCCUAAGUGGGGAAGGACUGGGUCUUGAAGGGAUGGUUGGAUCAGCAAUCUACUGCAGCAUCUAGGGACACUUGUAAAUAGAAAUCAGGAACAAAUUUGCGGCUUGUUUCUGGGGUUCUCCUCACAUAAAGGAAUGGUGGACUUUCACGAAUAUCUUUUUAAAAAUCAAAACCAACAGUGAUCUCAAGCAUAGUCUCCCUCUUUUCUCCAAUUCUUUCCACUUUUCCAUUUCCUCUCCCAAUGAAGAGAUCGGGGAAAAAAAAAAACCCAAACAAACAAAAGCACCGAGACUCAGCGGUUCUGGGCAACCCAGGCACCCGCUUCAAGAGCAUUUUUUUUUUUUUUU